ACUCCCUCCCGAAAACCCUAAACCCCCAAACCUCCCUUCUUUUCUAACAUCUCUCUCUCUCUUCCCCUUAAACCCUACCUCAACCCUCUUUCUCCGCCUCCAUGGCCGCCGCAAUCACCCCAGCUCCUUCAUCCUCCACCCCAACACCCACCAAAGUGUCCCCCAAGACGGCCCGAAAUGCCGUGAAUGCCCUUCUGCAAUGGCGAAAUUCCAAGUCGGAGGCCCAGAAACCCGACCUCCUCUCCUCCGACGAACUACUCUACCUCGUCGUGAGCCUGAAGAAGAUCCCACCCAAGGGCCGCGUCAACGCGUACAAAAUCCCCCUCCCGACUCCCCUCCACUCCCAGCUCACCGAGUUCUGCCUCAUCUACGACGACCGGCCCAAGUCCAAGCUCACCAAGGCCCAAAUUCAGGCCAAGAUCAAGGCCGACAACUUGCCCGUAGUCAAAAUCCUGAAGUACACCAAGCUGAAAUCAGAUUACAAGGCUUUCGAGUCGAAAAGGAAGCUGCUCAACUCGUAUGAUGUGUUUCUUGCUGAUAAGCAGAUCGUGCCAUUGCUGCCGAGGCUGAUCGGGAAGCAGUUCUUCAAGAAGAAGAAGAUUCCGGUGCCGGUGGACUUGUUGCACAAGAAUUGGAAGGAGCAGAUUGAUCGGAUAUGCGGCUCGGCGUUGUUGUUCUUGACUACUGGGACUUGCAGUGUGGUGAGGGUGGCGAGGACUUCGAUGAGGGAGGAGGAGAUUGUGGAGAAUGUGGUUUCGGCGAUUAGUGGGAUUGUGGAGAUUGUGCCCGGGAGUUGGGGCGGUGUGAGGUCGUUGCAUUUGAAGCUAUUGGAGUCGAUUCCGCUGCCGCUUUACCAGACUCUGCCGGAUGAGGCGGUGAAGGUGGAGGGGGCUGAGAAAGUUGUGGAGGCUGGGAAGGGUGAGAGUAAGGAAUUGAAGAAGGAGAAGGUGGGGAAGAAGAAGGGGAUGAUUCAUGAAGUGAGGUAUUUGGAUAGCAGUGCUGGUGAGGUCGUUGAUGAGGUGAAAUCAGGUAAGGAUAGUGAUGUGGAUGAGCAACUGGGUGGUGGUGAGUUGAAGAAGGCGAAGAGGAAGAAGGACAAGGUUGUUGGUGAGUCCAAUGGUAAAGCUAGUGAGAAUGAUGGUGAUGGUGAGUUGAGGAAGUCGAAGAGGAACAAGGAGAAGGUUGUUGGUGAGUCUAAGAGGUCAAAGGAACAGAUGGAGAAGUUAGCUAAGCUGGUAGAUGAAGAUGGUGAUUUUGAUGUGGAAGUUGCUGAGAAGCGUACGAAGAAGGUGGUUAAUCCUAAGUCGGGUAAGGUGAAAGGUGAAGAUGUUGAGAAACAGUUGAAAAAGUCGGCUAAGGCGAAAGAUGUUGCUUUGAAUGGGGAGAAACCAUUGAAGAAGUCGGGUAAGGUGAAAGAUGAUGCUGGCACCAUUGUCAAGCAUAAAAAUGAUGAGUUGUCUGCGAAAGACAAGAAAAAAGAUGUUAUAAAGAAGAAAGGAGAUGGGUUGUCUGGCAAAGGCGGACAGGCUGUAGGAAAGAAGGAGAAGAGGAAGAGUGAGCCUGUGAAGUUGAAGAGUGAAGAGGCAAAGCUCAAGAAAGCCAAGAGAAGUAAGUAAGGAGCCAAGUAGUUCAGCAUAGCAGGCCACAGGCGGUGGAUGCUCUUUGCAGGGAUAUUCAAUAUAUCGCAGCAAGUAUGGCUGUCCAUUUGAGUCUGUCUGGCAUAAAUUUUGAUUGUUCAGUUUUUCAUUAUGGUAUGUGUUGUUAGUUGAAUUGACAUUGCCUAUUUAUAUCUUAACUAUGGAGAGCAUACAAAUGGUUGGGUAUCAUUGUGGUUUUCUGCAUUUCUAUAACUUUAAAUUUGAAUUUACAUUCUGUCA